AUGUUCGUGUGUGUGUGUGUGUGUGGAGAUACAGACACAUGUACACACACUAAGGCAGAUUCUUCUUUGACACACUCCGUUAAUCGCUAUCUUCUAAAAUCACAGGUGCUGAUGGAUAAUCCAGCAUACACAGACACUGCUGUAUCCCCCGCCUCCCCACCCCCUUCAUACCUGGAGGCUAGUGCAUAUCCUCCCCACUCAGCACAGUUGCCAAGCACACCUCCACCUGCCUACACUCCUGGAUCCUAUCCACCAAGCUAUAAUGAAAUAGAUACGGCUCAAAGCCAAGCCCAUCACCAUGGUAACCAUACAAACCCAUACCCAGUCCUAUCCAUUCCAGGAAAUGUGGUGAUUCAUCAAGAAGUGAUGAUUGCCACCCAAACCAUGAGCCAGCCAGUAGCGGUAAUUCAGGUUCAGCCUGUAGCACUGGCCGACAGUCCCACAGUGACUGUGUGUCCACACUGCCAUCACCAGGUCACCACCAAUACCACCCACAAAUCCGGCAUGGCCGCAUGGUCCACCUGUUUGCUACUCACACUGCUGGGGUUGAUUUGUGGGUUUUGCUUAAUCCCAUUCCUGAUAGAUGGAUGCAAAGAUGUCCACCACUCCUGCCCCCACUGCAAUCGUCACAUCGGCAUCUUCAUACGCAAAUAGCACAGACACACACACAUGUGGAUUACAAGGAACAGUGUCUCACAAAGACAAACAGAAGGACCACAUAAACAUACUUUUACAUACACAAACAGGAAAUCAGGCACUCAUCAUCAUCAUCAUCACUGCCAACAUAAUCACCAUCAUCUGUUAUCUGCCCCGUUAUAAGCCUGUGGAGUGUGAGUUUGCUUCCGAGUUCCAGGAGGGACGUCAGUUGAGAAGAGACUUGCAACUUUGGAACUGAACUCUAUCAGCUCAACUCUGGAGAAGUAAAGAGUCUAGGCUAUGGCAGAUAUCUAGACCAUCAGUCUUUUGGUGGAGAUGGCUCUUUAAGUGCGUGGAUUAAUCAAAGUUUGCAAGUUGGAGGCGGCACAGUGGGAACUGUGGGUUGAAUUAUGAUUCAAUCCUAUUGCUUCAGCGUGAAGAAUGGUGAAGUUGGAAACUCUGCUUUUAUCUGCUCACCUCCUGGGAUUGAAUGAAAUAUACAAUAAAGAACUGACUUUCACGCCUUUGCCAGUGAAGAAGCUAGGCCUAAUGAAGGGUCACACACUAGACCUAGUGUUGUCCUCUGGUUUCUUAGUUUCCAAUGUUAAAAUAGUUGAUACUGGUGUGUCUGACCAUUUUAUGAUUUUAUUUGAA